UGGGGGAUCUGGCAGAGCUUCCUGAGGAGCUUUGGUAGAGAAAUAGUUAUGUAAGGAGUAGCUCCCUAGCAAGCGUGCUGCUCAUUAAAAAGAUUCCAGGUGCUACAGGCCUUUGGAGCCAAUGUGCAGUAAACUGAGCAGUAAUGAAACUAAAAUACUAACUGUUGUGAUCAGGUGAAUGAUACAGGAAAUGUGGGAGCAGACCCAUUACAUGUGUGGGCUCCCUGUGGCCAGGUCAGCACUACACGUCAUUGUUAACCUAGAUUAUCCAAUUUAUUGGUUGGAGAUGAAAAUUCAUUCUCUUAAUAUAGGCAGUUUCCCUGCAGAUGUUUUUAUUCUACUUAAGGCAUUGUAGCUUUCUCUUCCUGAAAGACUCAAGUUGCCCUCUCCAAGCUGUCUUAAGUCCAUGUUGGACUCAAUUUGGGGGGCAUCAUUUUUUUUUUUAAAUGAACCCAGCUCCGUCCCUCACAAAGAGCUCAAAAUUUCAUUUACUUCUGGGAGUUGACCUCCAGUCUCCAUUAUGCUCUGCAGUUUUCCUACUUUCAAAUAUACCUUUCAGAGUUUCCAUUAUCUGAUUUUUUUUUUUCCUCUCUGUUACUGCAAGGUAAGUGAAGUGCUGUUGAGUAAGUGAAUUAUUCAGUUGUUACCUCGUCCUCAGCGGUGUUCUUAGAGUGCUCCAUUCUGUACCUAAUCAUUCACUUCCUGAAAGAGGCCAAGACUACCUUGCUCAAGGACCUAAAGGACCAGACAGUUCACUACUGGCCAGUCCCCCAGCAUAUUCCCUCCUGGGUUCAUCAUUGGGCUCUUGCCCAUUUUCCUAAAGGCUCAGGACUUCUGAGUUCAUAGUGUUAACGCCCCUUAUGUCCAAGGCGUGAUGCUCUAUGGUGGGUACCAAAAUAUGGUUGAAUCACUGAAUCAAAGGAAAAUGAACCACUGACAAUAAAAUGCAAGAGUCUGGCUGACCUGGCCUGCCUCUGGUGGGAGCCAUGGCUACACAGAGAAGGUCACAGGGAAUAAUCCACCAGGUGUAUUGGCCUUUUUGCCCUAAAGUCAGAAGGGAUUUUUGUCAUGUAUUGAAAGUGUAAGCCAGCAGGCGUCUGCAGCUUAGAAUCGGGGAAAAAGGCUUAUUGACAGUAAGUAAAAGGAGAAUUCAGUGUUUUCAUCUUUGGAACCAGAUGUUGCAUCUCGAUAAGCUGGAGGCCUUUAAGGAUAGGGACAAAGUCAUUUACCAACUCCUAUAACAGUUCAGCAAAGUAUUUCCCCAGAGUGGAAGAGAUGGCGAGCGUGAUACAAUGGAAAGAGCACGUGAGCCUACAUCGGAGGUUCACCUAGGCCCUCCUACUCACCUCAUCGAGCAAGUCACGUUCUCUCUAAAGUUGGCUUAAUACCAGAGUUUUGGGGGCCCAAUGAGAGUGCAUAUGAAGUGCAUUGUAAAAUGCUCAUUAAAUGGGUUUUUGUGGGCUCAGCACCUGUAUGAAGCAGUGUAUUACCCCUUUCUUCGUUUGGUAUAUUAGAAGAACCAGGGGUUUGAAGAACAGGUAGCUUUAGAAUGAGGGUGAGCAUUUUAAAAGUGUCUGCUUGUGUGCCAGCAUGUUGCAUACAUUAUUUCCAGCUCUGUCAGCCUCUUAAGCUAGACUCACACCGAUGAGGACCCUCACCCAAACAGCCUAAAGCCACACACGGUUAGAGCCCGUGUGCUUUUCCUGGCACAUGGAACUCCUCUCAUUCAUUAGAAACUGCAGGCUGAAGUUAAGGAUGAAAUGGAGGCAGAUCAGAGAUGGAGUCUCCCUAGCCUUUGAGGUCUGCAUUGGGUCAGGCAGCCACGCAAGCCGUAGCUGAGUGGGUCCCUGUAGCAGCCGGGGCUGCAGGGUGGGCACACCGGUGUGCUGGGGUGUCUCCAGGGCUCUGCUCUCAGCACACACAGGAAUGGCUCCCAGAGAAGCCAGCGUGUUCCCAGCAAGCUGGCUUUAUCUCCUCUAAGCCUGGAGGUUGAGUGAGCUCCACAGGGAAGAUGGGUCACCUUGUGCUGUCCUGCCUGCUCCCAGGCCACCGGAGCUUCCCUCACCCUCCACCAGAGGUCACCCCUGCGGAGCCUUGGCCCCGACUCGUGCACUGUCACGCUGAGCCUUGGCCUGCACCCCAGCUUUGCAGCUGGGAUUUAUUUUUGGCACAUCAGCCUUCCGUCCUCAAGUAGCAAAGCCUGAAGGAAGAGCAGCAAGAUAUCCUGUUCUGGCCACAAGCGUCGGCUCGGGACACGCUUCAGCCCUCUGUUGUCCCCUGUCCCCAGGGGGCUCCUGGACCUUUGGGAUUCCUGUCACGUUCAUUCCAGGGCCUGCGAGGACAUAGAGGUGAGUAGCUGUGUGGGGAGCGGGAGAGGCUGUGGCGUAGGGAAGACAGAACCCCCCACACCCCUUAGACCCACCUCUCCCUGCUUCUGAAGGCACGUGGGCCCAGAAGCAUGGCAGCACUGAUUCUCUAAGUUUCAGGGAGGGAUGUCAUGUUCCAAAAAGGACCAGGCUACCUACUCCUGUUUGGGGACCCUUUCCAAAGGCAUCUUCGGAGCUGAACAUGACCCAGUACAAGACACUGCCGGACUCCCAUUCCGCAGAGAGCUUCUAUGAGAACUACGAGACCAAGGAGAUCCUGGGCAGGGGAGCGAGCAGCGUUGUCAGGCGCUGCAUCCACAAGCCCACACGCCAGGAGUACGCUGUGAAGAUCAUCGACGUCACGGGUGGGGGCAGCUUCAGCUCUGAGGAGGUGCAGGAGCUGCGACAGGCCACGCAGAAGGAGGUGGACAUCCUGCGCAAGGUCUCAGGACACCCCAACAUCAUACAGCUGAAGGACACUUAUGAGACCAACACUUUCUUCUUCUUGGUGUUUGAUCUGAUGAAGAGAGGGGAGCUCUUUGAUUACCUCACUGAGAAGGUCACCCUGAGUGAGAAGGAAACCAGAAAGAUCAUGAGAGCCCUGCUGGAGGUGAUCUUCACCUUGCACAAACUCAACAUCGUGCACCGGGAUCUGAAACCUGAGAACAUCCUCUUGGAUGAUGACAUGAAUAUCAAGCUCACAGACUUUGGCUUUUCCUGCCAGCUGAAGCCAGGAGAGAAGCUGCGAGAGGUCUGUGGGACCCCCAGUUACCUGGCCCCUGAGAUCAUUGAGUGCUCCAUGGAUGAUGACCACCCUGGCUAUGGGAAGGAGGUGGACAUGUGGAGCGCGGGGGUCAUCAUGUACACGCUGCUGGCCGGCUCCCCGCCCUUCUGGCACCGCAAGCAGUUGCUGAUGUUGAGGAUGGUCAUGAGCGGCAACUACCAGUUUGGCUCACCAGAAUGGGAUGAUUACUCGGACACUGUGAAGGACUUGGUCUCCCGCUUCUUGGUGGUGAGCCCCAAAGGCCGCUGUUCGGCAGAAGAGGCCUUAGCGCAUCCCUUCUUCCAGCAGUACACGGUGGAGGAAGUGCGUCACUUCAGCCCCCGGGGGAAGUUCAAGGUGAUCGCCCUGACGGUGCUGGCUUCCGUGCGGAUCUACUACCAGUACCGCCGGGUGAAGCCCGUGACCCGGGAGAUCGUGAUCCGAGACCCCUAUGCCCUCCGGCCCCUGCGGCGACUCAUCGACGCCUACGCUUUCCGGAUCUAUGGCCACUGGGUGAAGAAGGGGCAGCAGCAGAACCGGGCGGCGCUCUUCGAGAACACUCCCAAGGCUGUGCUCCUCUCCCUGGCUGAGGAGGUCUACUGACGGGCAGGCC